AUGUCAACUUGUCAACAGUGUAGUUGUAAGAAUUUCCAAGCCAAUCCUUUCAAACCUUUGUAUUGCUCGAUAUGUUUACAUAAUCACACUCAAAAGACAUCGAGUUUACAAACAUUGGUAAAGAAUGACAGUGCACCACAAAACACACCAACAAAGCUGUUGUCUUCAUCUGUAAACAACAACAGCAGCAGUAACAGUAGUAGUAGUAGUGUUAGCAAAUCAACACCACAACCACCAGCUAAGAUAACUAAAUCCAAUUCAUUCUCAGCAACUACUACAAAACCAACAACAACAUUGUCAUCAUCAUCAUCAUCAACUACCCCACCACCACCACUCCCUUCUAAACCCAAAGAUAGACCAAGACCACAAGAUUUCUCAAAACAAAAUUCAUUUUCAUCAUCAUCUCCAUCUUCAUCAUCACCAUCCGUUACCAGUCCAAAGUUAUCGUCUUCCAAUGGUAAAUCAUCAUCUUCCUCUUCCUCUUCUUCCUCUUCAUCAUCUUCAUCGAAAUCAUCGAAUUUGAAGAACAAGUUUGCAGGAUGGAAAGGUGCUAUUCAAGGAAAGAUGAGUAAUCUAAUGAGUGGAACUAACAGUGACGAAGAUGACCAACCGGUAAUGGAGAUCUCUGGUCCUACCGACUACAAACACAACACUCACAUUGGUAUCACUUCAACUGGUGCCAUCGAGGCAAAGAACAUUCCCAACGAAUGGAAGGAUAUAUUCAAGCAGGUCGACGGUGCUUUGAAGUCACUCGGUAAGAAGGGUGUCACUCGUCGUGAAGCCGCACUCAUUUUGAAUACUGUCUUGGCUGGACAACCUGCUCCCGGUACCAUGUCCAACAACAACAACACCAACACCAGUAACACCACCACACAAUAUAAGCAGUUUGGAAACAUCAACAACAGCAACAACUCUACAACACCAGCUACACCACCACCAUCACUUCCACCAAAACCAACAAAACCAGUUCCAAACAAACCAAUUACAACAACAUCUCCAUCAACAAGUGGAACAUCAUCGCCAUCAUCUAAUGGAGCAGUAACAACACCACCAAUUAGCUACAACAAACAACAAUCAUUCAGUAACUAUAGUUCUCCACAAUUGGUAUCUCAACAAAGUACGGCGACUGCUUCUACCAACAAUAACAGUUUCAUUGAGAAUGAACUUCGUGAGAGAUUGAGAGAGAGUGAAUUGAGAAUUCAGAAUCUCGAAAAGACACUGAAGAGCACUGUUAGUUUGUUUGAGUUUGAACAACUUCAAGAGAGAUUGAAAGUAGCAGAGAUGCGUUCAAAGGCACCUGUUGCCGCUGCUACCGGUGGUAAUCCUGGUGAUGUCAGCAAGUUUGAAUACGAACAAUCACAGGAACGAUUGAAAUCCAGUGAAGCUAGAUACAAGACACUCGAACAAUCAAUGAAGAACGUUGAACUUGAACUAGGACAAUCUGCAACCAGAUACAAAGCAUUGGAAUCCAACAACCAAAUCCUAGUCAACCAACAUCGUCAAUUGGAGACCGACUACGAACAACUCAAGAAAUCGUUACAAACCGAUAAGAAGAAUGUUGAAUCAGAUAAGAAACCACUCAUUGACAAGAUUUCAUCUUUAGAAUCGAAAUUAAAUGAAUUGGAUUUAGAAAGAAAAUCAAAUCAAAGUCAAAACGAUAAUCUUAAUAAGAAGAUUCAAGAGUUGAAUAAAACAUUGAAGGAUGCAGAGCAAUCAAACUUUGAUUUGAAUUUGAAAAACAAAGAGGUUGUGAGUCAACUCGAUUCUCUAAAGUCUACUUUGUCCACCGAUCAGAGCAAUCAGAUUCGUGAAUUGACCAACCAGUUUGCAUCAAAGGAGAAGCAACUGAGAGAGUCAUUCGAAGCACAGUACGGUCAGAAACUCAAGAGUCUAAAGGACGAGAACGAACAGAUCUCUGCCAAACUCCAAGUUGAAACAUUGCGUGCCUCCAAAGCAGAGAUCGAUUCGCAAUCGAAACAACGCGACUAUGCAAACUUGACAAAGGCAAAGGACGAUGUCACCAAACAACUCGAUUCACUACUUACACAGAACGAUCAACUAUCGUCACAACUCGACACCCAGCUGCAACUCGUAAAGAAUCUGAAACUCAGUCAAACUCAAUCGCAAUCGAUACUCGAUAGCAACAACAAACAGACCGAGGAACAACAGGCUCAGAUUCGUUCGAUGACCACCCAACUCAAUAAGUUAACCACUCAGCUCGACGAACAGAAUGCACAGCUCGGUAAAUACAAGUCGGAGAUCAACAAUCUCAACCAGCAACUCCACCAACAACAAGCUGCCGGCAAUCAAACCGCUGAGAUUCAACAGCUGCAAUCGCAACUCGAUAAAUACAAGAAUGAAAUGGCCAACGUUCGUCAACAAUCGAAUGAGGCACAACAACAAGCUCAACAACAAUUGAAACAAACCGAAUCCAAGUAUCAACAACAGAUUCAUUUACUUCAACAACAAGCUCAAGCUCAACAACAAGCACAUGCUCAACAACAAGCUCAAGCUCAAGCUCAAGCUCAACAACAAGCUGCAUUACAACAAAGUGUUUCUGCUCCAGCUCCACCACCUCCUCCACCAGUUGCUCCACCACCUCCACCAGCGGUCAGCAACAAAUCAACGGAAGGCAGAUCAGCUCUAUUGGAUUCUAUUAAGAACCCAGAUAAGCAAUUGAAACCAGUUACCGAAGAUAUGAUGAUCAAAUACGAUCCUGCACAACCCGCCGACGAUCCCAAUAGCAUGGUUAACAUCUUGGUCAAGGCUCUCAUCGAUAGAAGAGCUGGUAUGAAUGAACAAGAUGACGAUGACGACGAUGAAGAAGUUGGUUGGGAUGAUUAA